GCUUUUCCCGCAAGGUGGCAGUGCAACCACUUCAGUCUCCAACGAUAGAAGGAAGUGACUCGGGGAAAACAAAACAUCGAGGCUGAGAGAGAUGAAUUUACACAGGGCGCCUGUCAACAGCCUGCUACUGUCUUCCGUGUUCCGAAUCUGCGCACAACAACAACAACAACAACAACAACAACAACAACAACAACAACAACAACAACAACAACAACAACAACAACAACAAUAAUAAUAAUAAUAAUAAUAAUAAUAAUAAUUAAUUGUUAUUAUUAUUAGCCCGAACGAGAAACUGUCCGCUCUGUCUAAUAUAACGCUAUAAGUCCUCUUAUUCUUUUGAGAUCAUAUCCCCUCCCUCAGAGAGAAAGACUGGCAGAGAGGGAGAGAAAAAAAAAAAGAAUUGAGAAACAUGGCGGACAGUGCUGGGGAAGCGCCGUCUCAUCAGCUUAUAGCCGGUCCUGCUACCGCCGCCGCCUCUGCGGGAAUCGUCGUCAGUGGCGGCGGCACCGCCGGAACCCUCUUAACUCCGUUUCUGCCGAGCUUCGGGAAUUCACUGGCGCCGGGUGCCGGUAACUCCGCCGGGACGGCCUCCACUGCAGCUGUGUCUGGGCACGGUUUCGUGCCUGCUGCUGGUUCGAGUGUUACCGGUACCAUUGGGGACGUGUCCCCGGGUUUCGGUACUGCCAUUGGUGUCCUCGACACGGCGGUGGGUACUGCCAUAGCCCCCUCUUCCGGCGUCGGUAACGCCGUCGCCUCAGCGAUCCCCAGCAUCGGUUUAGGCAUCACCGGGACUAACACCCCGAAUAUAGCCACAGGUUUGCACACCGUCUCCGGGUCCGUGGCCGGAGCGGGUUUGCUUUCCCAGCUUCACUCCGCGUUCUGGGACCCGACCAUUAGCACGGACUGGGAUAGCGAGAAAGCGUCCCAGCAGUGUAUACUGAGGAUCAAAAGAGACAUCAUGUCAAUCUACAAGGACCCCCCCCCAGGCAUGUUUGUGGUUCCAGACCCUCAUGACAUGACUAAGAUCCAUGCCCUGAUCACGGGCCCCUUUGAUACCCCUUACGAGGGCGGAUUCUUCCUCUUCCUGUUCCGCUGCCCCCCCGACUACCCCAUCCACCCCCCCAGGGUGAAGCUCAUGACCACGGGCAACAAAACAGUGCGAUUCAACCCCAACUUCUACCGCAACGGCAAGAUCUGCCUCAGCAUCCUGGGGACGUGGACCGGCCCCGCUUGGAGCCCGGCUCAGAGCAUCUCCUCGGUGCUCAUCUCCAUCCAGUCCCUGAUGACAGAGAACCCGUACCACAACGAGCCCGGCUUCGAGCAGGAGAGGCACCCCGGGGACAGCAAGAACUACAACGAGUGCAUCCGCCACGAGACCAUGAGGGUGGCGGUGAGCGACAUGCUGGACGGGAAGUGCCCCUGCCCCGAGGCCCUGUGGAGUGUGAUGGAGAAGUCCUUUCUGGAGUACUAUGAUUUCUACGAGGGAGUCUGCAAGGAGCGCCUUCACCUGCAGGGGCAGAGCAUGCAGGAUCCUUUCGGUGAGAAGAGAGGGCACUUUGACUACCAGAACCUGCUGACCCGGAUCACAGCCAUCCAGCAGCGCGUGAAGGAGAAAUGCCAGAGCCAGGUGAAGGAUGUGGACACGGACUCGGACUCCAGUUCCACAGGGACCGACCCCGACAGCCAGGGCAGCUCCCAGCCCUAGAGGGAGAGGGAGAGAAACUCUGGAACAGAACUCUUUUCGUAAGAGACGCGAAGUUCCAGCUUUUUCUAACCCUUUUCCGUAGGAGACAAUUUUUUUUUUUUUUUUUUUUGGGAAGCUACUCCUUCCAAAUGAUCGCUAUAAGCUUCAGUGCGGAGUUCGGUGAUUUAAAUAAAUGCAUACAUAUAAAUGAUAAUAAUGGAAUAAAUAAAAAUGUUUAUUACAAAGACUGUGCUGGGGUUCCCGAAUGGUUCAGGCUGUCAGCGUUCUAGAGUGUUCUAGAGGAUUCCAGAAGAGAUAUUUCUGGAAUGAUUUCCGUGAGGUUUGUAGCGUUCUAAAAGCAGCUGGCAGCCACAGGAAGACGUUUCUGCUUAUUUUCAAAGACCGGCAGCGUCUCAAACGCAAGGGCUCUCGCUCUCUCUCUCUCUCUCUCUCUCUCUCUCUCUCUCUACUUUGCGGAAUCUGGAUCGGAGCGCACAGGAACACGCCCCCUUGUGGCUACAACAGCAACCACCACAACCAAAGAGCAGGAACAUGGACCCCUCCAGAGAAUCCCGAGAGAACGUUUCAAACUUCUCUGUUUUGUUCUUAUGAGUUAUUAUUGUUGUAUGAUUUGUUAAGGAGUACAGAAUAAUAAUAUUAAUGAGAAUGUUGAUGCAAACAAAAAUGUAAUGUUCAUGAUAACAAAAUUAAAUGCCUAACUUGUGAUUUUUGUAGUUAGGCAACAGGUAAGUUUAUAUAUAUAUAUAGAUAUAGAUAUAGAUAUAGAUAUAGAUAUAGAUAGAUAGAUAUAUAUAUAGAUAGAUAGAUAGAUAGAUAGAUAGAUAGAUAGAUAGAUAGAUAGAUAGAUAGAUAUAUAUAUAUAUAUAUAUAUAGAUAGAUAGAUAUAUAUAUAUAUAUAUAUAUGGUGUUCCAUAAAUCAGACAUCAAGGACAAUAUUAUAUAUUAUAUGGCAAUAAGACUCCUGUUGCAUAGCAGUUUCACCCAUUCCAGGUUUUACUACCAGCUUGAUUAGCCCCAGUGUGUCUAGCUAGCAAGCUUGUGUGCAUGUGUCUUAUUAAACUCCCAGUAAAACCAGCAGUCGAUCAGACCGCUAUGCAAUGGGAGUCUUAUUCCCAUCCCUGUAUUCUGCCCAUUAGGGAGCUCUCUGUUAAAUAGGGAGGCCUCUCCCUCUUAACUAUCCACAGCAAUCCUGAAUGCCAUCCUUCUGCUUUCUUUAAUUUCAUGCCUGAAAGAGGCUUCUGUUCCUGGCAGUUAUUCCUGUGAUGAUGCCUGGUUGUUGGGACACAGUGAGCGGGUUUGAUAGAUCCGGAUCAGUGCUAGUCUUGGACUGCCUGGCCUCAGGUGACAUUAGCUCGUCCAGGACUGGUGAUGAUCAGGGGUCUGUGGAAGAAGUCAUAUCUGUGUAACCAUAAUGAAAAAUAAAUGACUGGCUGAAAAGGG